CUCUGGAUACUGAAUAUUUUUAGGAAAGGUGUGAUCUUGUAUUUUGGGUCUUUCCUUUCUCUAAUUGUGAUAUUUUUAUGACGGCUUAGCGACCCUGAUAUUCACUGUAAACGCUGAUCCACAAACUAUUGGAAUAUCGGUCGUACGUCUACUUUGAGCGAUAUUUCAACAUGAUGAGGUGUGUUCGUCAGGUCGCCAUCGCUGCUUCAUCAGUAUGUACUGCAAUGAUUUAUUCGGAAUGACUUGAAUGAGGUGUUUUCGUAAACUAACCUGGCCGGUUUACUUGUUCUCCAUCCUUCGUUGUUGCCGGCACGACCAACAACUAAUUAAAAAUGACGCAGAUGAUCCAAGAAUUGGGCAAAUUGUCCUCGUCCGACGAAGUUCCUGAAAUCACACCGUUAGAUCAGUUCGAUGUUUUCAAGAGUAAAGUUAAUGCCUCUAUUUACUGGUUAAUUUAUAAAGCGUAUCCAUACAGUGAAAUACCGGAAGAAUUCAAUAAUUUGUUUUAUACAGAUAGCCAGGGUGAGGCACAUUUGAAGCCACUAGUCAUUAAUCAGUUAGUGUCAGCUGAAUUGUAUUGUAAAGCAUGCAGUAACAUCUUUAGAAAUACAGAGUAUCAGUGGCAGGGGCAUUGGAGUGUUAUACAGAUAUUAUCUAGGAAUGGCAUUUAUGUGGUGGAUAAAAACGAGGAAGCUGUCACGGAAGGAAUGCUUGUACAGGCAUCACCUUUUAAACUGACUGUAUCAUGUCAGCGUAUAUCAUUGAAGUUGUCACUGUUGAAAAGAUUGUCCAGUCAGUUAGGGAAAACUGUAACAGUGGGUAAAAGUGGUAUUCCCAAAAAAUUAGAAACUUCUCUGCCACAACCAUCAACUCCACCACAACUGCCACAAGUUGCACCAUCUUCUUCAUCAUCGUCGUCAUCUACUAUAACUGCAAUCACUUGUGGGGAUCAGGCUGAAAACGUUAACGUCUUUGCUGAAUACUCUGGUCCUAAGUUGUUUGUGAAACCUGCUACCAAGUCUAAUCGACAUCUAAUCACUAAUGCUAUAACACACUGUGUGCUGGCUGGACAUGUUAACAAGGACAUGAAAGACAGGGUUCUACAGGAGAUAGCCAAGGCUGAUGCCCACCACUUCCUUAUUUUAUUCCGUAAUUCUGGACUACAGUUCCGAUCAUUGUACAGCUAUUUACCGGAAUCAGAAGAGAUUAUUAAGAUAUAUGGCACUGGACCACGACAGGUAUCAUCAGACAUGGUGGAAAAAAUAUUUAAAUACAAUUCUGGUGGUAAGCACUUUGUAGCCAUACCUUCCAAAACAAUGUCUGUGUCCGUUGAUGCAUUUGUCAUCUAUAAUCAUCUAUGGCAGCAUAAGAAAACAGGAGUCGCUAAACGACCACAACAUCCGCAUUAAUUGAUGUUUCCACCGACAUGAAAAAACAUGUGACACUAAACGGCCGCAACCUUCAUAUGAAUUGAUGUUUCCACCAGCAUGGAAAGGCAGGAAAAACUAAACAGCUACAACCUUUGCAUCAAUUAAAGUUUCCACCAGCGCAAAAAGACAUGUCGCUAAACGACUGCAACCUCCACAGUAAUUGAUGUUUCCACUAGAAUUCAAACUCAUUCCGACCAAUGAGAAUUUGGCAAACUACGUUAUUGUGUGGGCAUUACACAGAGUACCAGUCUGAAGCCAAAUAAAUUUGUACCACUGAAAAAACAUUGUCUUUUUUUUCUAAUCAUUUGACAAGUGGGAAAUGUAGGCCUAUUCGUAUUACCAGCCUAGCAAUGGUAACUGAGUGAGACCAGCCUAGCAACGGUAACUGAGUGAGACCAGCCUAGCAACGGUAACUAAGUGAGACAGAAUACUAUGUAUCUGCAUUAUGAUGUCUUCCUAUAUGCGUAUCAAUAUAAUCUCUGAGUCGUUCUGUGGUACGUCAGACUAGU